GCUCAAACAACUGGUAUGUAGCUAGCAGGCUACCUUAUAGUCAGCAUAGCAGUGAACGCAGACAACAUUCAUUCAAAAAGAUAACGUUAGCCGGGUUUCGUAUCUUUAGUUUAUUGUUGAGGAACAUUUCGCUAAACUUCCCAACACUGCCUUCAACCUGAUGCUAAUUAUAGCAGCCGUUAGCUAAUGCUAACCUAACGUGUGUUGACCUGGAAGUGGCGUUCAAGUAGCCGCCGUUACAUCGAGUGAAAUAGUUUGUUUUAUUCAACAUGACAUGUGCGGAGGAACAAGACGACCCGUUCCCCGUAGACGACUGCCUCUUCAGUGACACGUUUCACAAGGACUCUGUGUACAACCUGAUCGGUGAAGAGCUGAAGAUAAGGCAGGUGUUCGGUGCCAACCUCGGCGUGGCUGCUCCGGUCUGGGAGGCUGCGUUACAUCUGUGUCGUUACUUCGAGGAGCAGUCUGUGGAGUUGAGGGGAAAGCGCAUCAUAGAGCUGGGAGCAGGCACUGGUGUGGUCGGUAUCUUGGCAGCUCGGUUGGGGGCAGAGGUGACUCUUACAGACCUUCCCCUGGCUCUUCCACAACUUGAAUCCAAUGUCUCGGCUAACAUGCCGCCCAGUGGUUGGCCCUCGGCCCCUCCCACUGUCCUCCCUCUCUCGUGGGGUGAGGACCACACGAAUUUCCCCUCUGACUGGGAUCUGGUGCUUUGCGCAGAUAUCAUUUAUCUCCCAGAAACAUACCCGCUGCUCGUCGAGACACUGGCUCACCUGUGCAGUAAUGGAGCCUCAGUUUAUCUCUCAUCCAAAAUGCGAAAGGAGCACAAGACUCCAAGUUUCUACCAGGAGCAUCUGCCGAGCAGGUUUAACGUGGAGCUGGUGCACCAAGAUGAGAAACAAAACAAUAACAUCUACAAAGCGACACUAAGAACAGGACAGUGACAUAAAUGAAUGACUUUUUAAUACAGAUUUAUUUAUAUAUUUAUUUAUCUGUUAAGCUAUUUUCAGUCACUUCAGGAAUGUGUGAUGUCCUGUUCAUAUCUCACUUGUUACAACAAUGGUAUGUGUUCACGAUAAAUGUUUUAAUGAACAAAA